CAGCAGAACUCGCUCACCCAGUUAGGUGGCACCUAACAACAUAUAUCUGGAGGUGAAGGUCAGAUCUUAAACCCUGAUAAUAUACUACACAUGUUCCUUACUCCUCAGGAUGUUACCCCUGGAUGUGAAGCAUUGCUGGAUGUUUGUAGCAAUUCUUUUCUUUGGGAUAUUGGUCAAGAACAGCAUAUGUGAAUGCUCAGACGCUGAUGAUAACUGCAGACAACAAAAGAAUUUACUGAUUGUCAAUGCCAAAAAGACAUCGGGUACGAUCCCAUCAGAGUCUGUCUAUUAUAAGGUAAAUGGAAGUACAAUCUGUGUCCCGGAAAUCUGGUGUGGGCCUACAGGAUGUAGUGACAAAAUAAACAGCUACAGAUUUGACAUGGAGGGUCGAGAAAAUAACUACAACCUUACUAUAAAUGAAGAGACUCUUUCCCAGACAGAUAUUGUUCUCAUGAAUGUGCCAGAUGAUAAUUUCGACUGUAUGAAGUCAGAGCUCAACAACACAGUUCCAGGUUUCCUUUGGAAAAUUCACAACUGCUCGAAAACGGGUAACAAAAGUAUUAGAUUGAGCCAAAACGGCAUCUGUCGAGAAGAUUCGCCCUUUGGUGGAGACGCUUGCGGAAUUUUAGAUGAUCAAGCAGGAUCCUACAAGUUCAUCUAUAAUGAUACAAGCUGGCAAUGUCUGUCAUGUUAUCGACCAACGUCAUCCCUAACAACGACAUCCCCAACAACAACACCAGGAACAACGACACCCGUUGCUAUUACUGUCACUCCCCCUGAGAACAAUAAUGGCUUCGGUAUCAGCCCAGAAAAUGCAGCAAGUAUCAUGAAAAAUCUCUCUCACCUGCUGGAAGAGAUGGGGAAUUCCAGUACAGCAGCUGUCACAAUAGGCCAUAUCAAAGGGGGGAUCACCAAACUCCUCCCUAACGCAUCAGACAUCAACAUUGGCAUCACAGCAAAUGGCAAUGUGAUUAUUUGUGAGAACAUUGAUGAUUCCGUGAACUUCUCUCGAUUGGUGCAAAUCCCUACUGAGGCCAGUGCUAUGGCAUUAAAAAGAAAUAGCUCAUUUGCUGGAGUUCUACUUUUUCCAGGGAUGCAUCAGGAUGACCCCAACAGUUCUUUUCUCAACGAUGAACUUCUGGGAAUUGAAAUGGGAACAGAAAUAUCGAAUCUCUCACAAACCAUAGACAUUCAUUACAGAAGUGUGGACAAGAACGGAAGCAUUGCUUCAUGUCGGUCAUGGGAUGGAAAAGGGAAAUCAAUGACCUGGAUCACAGAUGGCUGUCAGACAAAGGAGACCAAUAACAGCAUCAUAUGCCAGUGCUCUCAUCUCACAUUUUUUGCAAUACUCAUGUCACCUCCACCCGGAAACAUAAGCGCUUCAGAUUUCACAUCUCUGACUUAUAUCACAUCAAUCGGCUGUGGCUUGUCGAUAUUUUUCUUGAUGGUGGCUCUGUUCAUGCAUUUUCUUAUCAGAAAAGGGAAAGCGAGCCAAGCAACUAAGAUCCUGAUGAACCUCUUUGUUGCCAUGUUCACCCUCAACUUCUCCUUCCUGGUUAACGAGAGCAUUGCCGAGCUGGGGAACUUUGGCGCGUGCGUGGCGGUGGCAGCAGUCAUGCACUACACUAUGUUGGCCACUUGUACCUGGUUUUUCAUAGAGGCUCUACACUUGUACUUGAAUCUAUGGAAGACCCCCACUGACAAACAUUACAUGGCGAAGAUUUGCACCACAGGAUGGGUCACACCAGCUGUAGUGGUGAUCCCUCUACUUGCCUUGAGACAAUAUGAUUACUUGGUCAUUUACACCGAUGAUGGGAAUACAGCAAAAAUGUGCUGGAUCUCUGACGCUGUUGUCCACCAGGGGGUGAACGUUGGUUACUAUGCCGUGGUGUUCAUCUUCACCUUUGUCAUAUUCAUCAUGACAGUGCGGCAGAUUGUUCUCCUUAAGCCCACAGCAGGGAAAUCUCAGCACAACAGCUCCACCAAGGCAAACUCUUUCUCCAUUUUCGGCCUGUUCGUUCUGCUUGGCAUCACCUGGGGUUUUGCUUUCUUCAGCCACGGACCUCUGCUCAUAGCCUCCUACUAUCUCUUCACCAUCCUCAACUCCUUUCAAGGUUUUUUCCUGUUCAUCUACUACGUCAAUUCCAGCAAGAACAGAAGCCCCACAGGCGGCAUUAGCAGCACAGCUACAUCAGACACAGUCACACAGUAAUGCUGCAUUAUGCUUUUCAAACGGGGACAGAACGUGUUUCGGGCCUGAGCUUAUUUUGACACAAGAGGGCAGCAUUUUAUUUCAUAUAGUCAAGUAGAUCCUCAGUUGAGCGAGGUGCUGGUAAAUAGCUAUACAAAAAAGUUUCUCAUUCAUCCUGGCUACUCUCUGGAUUACCUUCAUUGAUAAAAUUACUAAUGAGUCAAGCACAGACAGGGUUGAUGGAGUAAUUUCCUGGAAGUCAUUUGUUCUGAUGACUCAACAGAAGCCCUGUCUUACUCACUGUGAAACAUGCAGUGAAGGUUGUGAUUCACUCAGAAUAUAUCACAGUGCUCCGAAAUCAAAAGCUCCAGUCAGACACUGGAAUGCAGAGUGUACAUGAUAGAAAAAUAUUAAGCUUUUUUAUGACAUAUGGCCUGAAGAUGGCAAAACGCAGAAAAGAAACACGGGAAGUCUUGCCUCUCACACUCUUGACGGUGUCGGGGGCCGAGCGAGCCAGCUUUGCGUGCCUGCAGAUAAUUACCUUGUGCCUACAGAGAGCAGUAUCCACUGUGCGGGGAACCUUAACUGGCUUACAAGAAAUGAGCUCAUGGCUACCUAUAGCGAUAAGAGGCCUGAGAGCACGCCACCGUGUUGAAACUAUUCUCUGAAAUAUUGCUGUACUUGCAUUUAGCAUUUAAUAAGAUGACUGUAUCUUGGCAAACUGCUUUAUGUUAAUGACCAGGUGUCAUUGGGUGUUAUGUACAUUUUCAGUUGUUUUUCAUUAAUCUAGUGUUUUCCUAUAUACAUGAUAUGAUGAAGUUCUGACGUAUUCAAUAUUCUUAUUAAAGUAAGUGCAUAAUAGAUUCAAUUUUAAAGCAUUAACCAAGUUAUAUAAUUUUGGGAUAUAGACAUACAGAUGUCUGCUUUCUUUGCUAUUUACACUUUUUAUGUAUUUGUUAUUGUGAUCUCAUCUUUUAUUUAAUUCAUUUUAUCAUAAUGGCUUGUCGGGGUUUGUUUUAAUGAAAUGUAGUAAUGAUAUGUGGCUUAAUCCGUGGUUCAGCAUCUCAGGACAACAUAAGACCUGCAGCCAAAUGUGUGAUUGCUUUUGUGAAUGAAACUGACAUUGUCUGCAGAU